CCAUUAAAUUUAGAGCAGGCAGCUCCUCAGCCUUUAGCAGCCGUUGUAAAAACCGAAGGUUUCCGCAGCUGCUCUGCUCAUUUCCAACCGACGUUUCCCGCCUCUGUUAUGAGAUAGCUCUGCCCUAUUAGCCUUUUGUUUAGUAGCUCACUUAGCUCGCGGUAAGGUUAGCUCGUUUUGCGCUAUCAUGUCCGGGGGAUUCGCUAGAGGACCGACGGGGAGCAACGACUGUCGGAUAUAUGUGGGGAACCUUCCCCCAGACAUACGCUCCAAAGACGUCGAAGACUUGUUUUAUAAAUAUGGAUCCGUCCGUGAUAUCGACCUGAAGAACCGCAGAGGAGGACCGCCGUUUGCCUUCGUUCAGUUCGAGGAUCCGAGGGAUGCUGAGGAUGCGGUGUAUGGGCGAGAUGGUUAUGAUUACGAUGGCUAUCGGCUGCGUGUGGAAUUUCCUAGAAGUGGAAGAGGGGGAGGAGGAGGUGGUGGUGGAGGAGGAGGUGGCGGCAUGGGACCAUCAAGGAAUCGGUAUGGUCCCCCAUCCCGACGCUCAGAAAACAGAGUGGUUGUGUCAGGUCUUCCCCAAAGCGGGAGCUGGCAGGACCUGAAGGAUCACAUGCGAGAGGCAGGUGAUGUAUGUUACGCCGAUGUCUUCCGUGAUGGCACAGGUGUGGUGGAGUUUGUGCGCAAAGAAGACAUGACGUACGCUGUGCGUAAAUUGGAUAACACCAAGUUUCGUUCUCAUGAGGGAGAGACGGCCUACAUCCGCGUGAAGAUGGAUGGCAACCGCAGCCCCAGCUACGGCCGCUCUCGCUCUCGUAGCCGCAGCAGGAGCCGAAGCAAGAGCCGAUCCCGCAGCUACUCCCCACGCCGCAGCAGAGGAUCCCCCCAGUACUCGCCAAGGCGCUCCCGCUCCCGUUCUCGUUCUCGCACUUAGACCUGUCUGAACAACAGCAGCGGUGUACCUCAGAGCCAGAGAGGAGGCGGUCACGUUUAAAAUCCAAUGUUUCCUCCCAGGAUCAUCUCUCACCUGUGUGCAGUGUUGUUUUGUGCUUUCACCCACCCCUCCUUCUCCCAUUUGUGUCCUUUUGUUUUAUUUUUUAUUUUUUUUGCAGACCUGAUGGUCUCCCCAUACUCCUGUUUGAAUCCCCCUCCCCUUUUCCUUUCUGUUUCAGCUAUCUAUCCAUCCUCGUCUAGUUCGUAUUUCUUUAUUUUCUUAAAUUCUUUCUCUUUUUGUUUUUGCCAUCAUCUUUGACUUCUCCCUAGCAUAUUCAACUGCCCUUUGACCUUCUUGUGUGUUUCUCUGUAGAAUUCAGAGGAACAGGAUAGGAUGGGAAGAGAGGAAACUGUUCAUUUUAGGAUAAACAGGAGGAGGAGGAGUCAAAUGUGGCACCAAUGGUAUGAUGGCUGUGCCUUGUCAACUGUGAAAUCUACACUUUAAGGCUUUAGUAAAUCUCUUUUCCUUUAAAACACUCAGUUUACAGUUGAGUACUACUGUUGAAUGUUACAGUAAUGUUUGCUGUAUUGUUUUAUUUGGGGACCCUGAAAAAGUUUCUUUUUUUUCUUUUUGUAGACAUAGUAUUUUUGGAUUUGAUUGUAGAUGGUGUCCCUUUUUUAUCUCUAAGUAAAUUCCCUGGUAGCUGAAUUGAUAUUUUAAAAAUGUUUUCCAAAGGUGUGAUUCUAACUCACCUCCUUCUCUUUGGUUCUGCUGGUUAUUCUAAAGGUUUGGACUGGGCUCAAUGUCUCACCUUUCCGGAUCCGGAUUCAGGAUCAGAUUAGGAUUAGGCUUCAGGAUGGAUACAUGGAGCACGACCCCGGCCCUGUCCACCUUACCCCAGCUAACGGGAAACCUCAUAGUAAAAGAUACAUAAAUCAAACUGAAUUGGCUUUCAGAUUAUCCAAAUUAUUCCUUCGUGUUUGCUUUGGGACCUCAGAGAUGCAGUUACUGGCGGCAAAGAGGGGAAACCAUAAUUUUUUUUUUUUUUCAAAUUUUUUGCUUUUUUCUCGUAAAAAGAAGAGCAAAGCUUGGAUAGGAUCCAGUAGGAGGGCUUGGAGGUGCAGGAUGGAUCUACACGCGUAAGGAGAGUGGUAACAUGUGGGAAAGAUUUGACUGGGUGGGGGAGGUAAAUAGGGAAGGUUACCUUUAAAAUGGUAUGUGACUUUUCUUAGGUCAGUGCUUUCCAAAGAUGGAUGAUUUCUGAUUAAUUUUUUCUUGAAUAUAUUGUUCAGUAUUUCACUGCUUUAUUCUCUUUUAAUAAAAACGUUCAGUAACCAUAA